AUGGGCAGAAAGAAUAACACAAACGUGUCUGACUUCAUCCUCCUGGGACUGACAGACUCUGAAGAGAUGCGGCUGGUCCUCUUCAGUCUCUUUCUCCUGAUUUACCUGAUGACUGUGCUGGGGAAUGCAGGGAUGAUACUGCUAAUCCGCCUGGACCUCCAGCUUCACACCCCCAUGUAUUUUUUCCUCAGUCACCUGUCCUUCCUGGAUCUCAGUUACUCAACAGUCAUUACCCCUAAAACCUUAGAGAACUUACUGACUUCCACUAAGUCUAUUUCAUUUGAAGGCUGUUUCACCCAAAUGUAUUUUUUUGUCUUACUGGCUGCCACCGAAUGUUCGCUUCUCUCUUCAAUGGCCUAUGAUCGCUAUGCAGGUAUCUGUAACCCUCUGCAAUACCCAGUUGUUAUGUCCAUGACACUCUGCUGCUCCCUCAUCACUGCAUCCUAUGUGAUUGGCUUCUUUGAUUCCAUCAUCACUGUGCUUUGGAUCAGCAGUUUGCCUUUCUGUGACUCCAAUGUCGUCCGUCACUUUUUCUGUGACACAACUCCAAUAUUGGUCCUGUCCUGCACUGACACACGUGAUGCAGAGAUCAUGAUCUUCAUUCUUUGUGGGUCCACCCUGAUGGUGUCACUUAUCACAAUCUCUGCAUCCUAUGGGUCCAUUCUCUCUACCAUCCUGAAAAUCAGUUCCUCCUCUGGAAAGCAAAAAGCCUUCUCAACCUGUGCCUCCCACCUCCUGGGAGUCUCCAUCUUCUAUGGUACCUUAAUUUUUACUUAUUUAAAACCAAGUAAGUCCUACUCUUUGGGAAAGGACCAAGUGGCCUCUGUUUUUUAUAGUGUUGUGAUCCCCAUGCUGAACCCACUCAUUUAUAGUCUUAGGAACAAAGACGUGAAAAGUGCUCUGAUUAGAAUGAUGCAGAAGAGAGAAGACACCCAGCAUUUAAGAUGA